AUGGCCUCCGAUGAAUUUCACCUCUUCCCCUUCCUCCCAGCCGAACUCCGCCUCCAUAUCUGGCGUCUCGUCCUUUCCCCUCGCGUCGUCGUCCUCACCCAGUCCUCCACCUCCCCAACUCCCCCACCCACCCUUCUCUCCGUCUGCCACGAAUCCCGCCAGGAAUCCCUCCGCUCCUUGGUCCUCCUCCCCCAGAUAAACACCUACUUCCACCCCGGCACCGACAUCCUGUACUACCCCCGUCCUGUCUCUCCGCUAGGCUACUCCACCCCCUCCCCGCCAGCCGACAUCUGUCUGGAGCUCAUCACCAAAGUCGCUGUCGACUAUGUCAGCUCAGAAAUCAGGAGAGAGUGGGAGGUGUACAACAAAUAUUCCUUCUUAAAGUCGUUCCCCAAUUUGGAGGAGGGGUAUCUUGUGAUUGAUGCGCAAGAGAGCAGCAGCAGCAGCAGCGGUGAUGGUGAUAGGGGGAAUAGGGCAAUUGAGUUGAUUGAUCCGAGGGGGGAUAAGGAGGAGAUUAUGAAGAUUAUGGAGAGGGUGAGGGAGAGUUUUUGUUAUGAGCUGCCUGCUCCUUCGCCGGUCGAGGAGGAUGGUGAAGGGGAAAAGGUUGAACGGGAGGAGGCAGAGGAAGAAGAAAAGGAGAAGUGGGUCGAUGGGAGGAUUGAGUAUAAUGGGCUGGAGCUUGUACCGAAGGCGAUGGUUUGGGGGGAUUGUGCUGGAGGUGUGGUUGGGGUUUGCGGGUGA